UAGAUACCAGAAGCUCCUGAAGAACACAAUGACCAUGAUCAAAAUUUUGAUAGCUACGCUCCUUGCAGCCCUAUCUUUUCAAGCAUAUGGAGAUGAUAAGGAAUGGUGCGUAGCUGAUGUACAGACACCAGAUGAUGUGCUAAUGACAAACAUGAAUUGGGCUUGUAAAAAUGGUGCAGAUUGUACAAACAUACAAUUGAAUCAUAAUUGUUACUAUCCAAAUACUAUAAAGGCCCAUGCUUCCUAUGUUUUCAACAGUUACUAUCAGAGGUUCAAACACAAAGGAGCCUCUUGUUAUUUCGGUGCUGCUGCAAUUACCUCUGAUCUUGACCCAAGCCAUAACCGUUGCAUAUACGAGUAUCUCCCUUGAAUGAAGACAUUACAUGAAGUCGAUUAAUUGUUUUGUAUGCGUCUCGUAAAUUCAUGUUGUUUUGUUAUACGAAAAGGCAAAAUAACAUCUAGUACUCUUCUGUUUUUCAGAAAUUAUAUAUUUUUUUUAAUGAUCGUCAACAAGUCAAGAAUUGAACUUUGUUUUUAUUUUUAUUGGUAAAAA